GGCGGGGGGCGAGGCGGGAGCUGGGCGCCUGGUUGCGGCGCGGGCGGGGACGCGAUGUCGCCGCCGCCGCCGCAGCCGCCUCCUCGCCGGCCUGGGCUGCGCCGCGGGGGCUGAGCCGCCUCUGCCGCCGGAGCCACGAGCCGAAGGGCCGCCGGGCGCGCCCGCCAGCGCAGGAGGAUGGGCUGUGGCGGGAGCCGGGCCGAUGCCAUCGAGCCCCGCUACUACGAGAGCUGGACCCGGGAGACCGAGUCCACCUGGCUCACCUACACCGACUCGGACGCGCCGCCCAGCGCCGCGGCCACCGACAGCGGCCCCGAGGCGGGCGGCCUGCACGCGGGUGCGCUGGAAGAUGGACUGUCCUCCAAUGGUGUGCCCCGAUCUACAGCCCCAGGUGGACCCUCCAACCCAGACAAGAAGAUGAGCAGUGGGACCCAGUGCCCGAAUCCCCAGAGCCUCAACUCAGGCCCUCUGACCCAGAAACAGAAUGGCCUCCGGACUACAGAGGCUAAAAGAGACGCUAAGCGAAUGUCUGCAAAAGAAGUCACCAUUAACGUUCCAGACAGCAUCCGACAGGUGGACAGAAACCGAAGAAUGGCGAAGAACUGCGUUAACUAGCAGGGCAGACGGACUUCUCUGUGCCCUCCACGUGUUGGACCCCACCAGGGAGACUCGUAGAAGUGGGUGGCCCUUGCUGGAUGUGAAGAACGCUGCUGCCUUGAGAGACUGUACUUGGCAGCCCAGUGGCUGCCUGGGCUUUGGGGACGUUCCCAGCCUCCCACUGACUGCAGAGCUGUAUCGGCACAGCACUUGCAUAGGGUACCAAGCUGCAAGCGUGCAGUUUGCCUCUUUGCAGCUCCUGCAGUGUGGUUUGCUGUAAAAGUGGUGAGGGAAGCCACAGGGGGGCGGCUGAAACAAAGUAGGAAUAGGUUCCCUGGUGAGAGAUGCUUCCGUGGGUUCUAAGCGCUCCUGCCUGGGGUCAUGUGCGCCGUUUCGGGUCAGCUUAUUCUUUCGUUCUUUCUUCCUUUCUGAAUACUGCCAAUCAGAGUACUGAAUACUGCGUUCACUUAAAAGUUGUCUUUCACUUGACUGCAAAUCCAGAUACAGGAGAAAUCGAGACGCAGGAAGACUCCCAGAUCUUCUUGUUUCCUUAGCUCAGCAGGAGACAGAUGCAGAUCCCGUUUCACACCAGCUAACCCCCCCCAACACCCACAGCGUGUUUUGGGAGCUCUCUCCACGAGGCAGUCGCACUCAUUCCUCAUCAGCCUUCCAUGUCCCCCCCCAUCCCAGUGUCCACAUCAGCCUCCAUACCGCAGUAUCGCUGUCACCAUGGUCGAGGCACCCAACCUAGGACGCCCCAAGGGCUCAGCCACACGCUGCAUGUGCGGAGUUUUCCAGGUCACUCUGUGCUUUUCCGGGUUUCUUCUCUCCUGGUGGGUCAUUUGCAACUGUUGAUCAAAGCACGGACACAGCUCACAAGAAGAAGAUGACCUAGAACCCAUCAGCAGCACUCACGGCUUCACUCUGGCCUCUCGGACACGGCAUCAGGACGUGCCACCUGCUGUCUGCAAAGGAGUCGCCUUAGAAAGCCCAGCCCUGUUUGCUGUACCUUCGCGUUGCCAUGAGACCGAUGCGCGCCAUGUUAAUCAGAGGCGGGAAAAAAUAUCUUGAUAGAUUAAAGUUAU